AUGUCCGUUUUAUCCUACAUAAUAAUCGCUCUGACCAGGAAAGGGAAACACUCGAUACCCACAUCCUCCUUGCCCUUCAUCGCGGCCUAUCUCUGUGUGGAUCUUCCAGCAGCUACUUACGGCUUCGUCUUUUUCUGGCGAGAAGGUAUCCCUAAAUGGUACAAGGCGGCGCUACUUACAGCACUAAGCCUACUCAGGUUUAUUCUCUCCCUCUUUGUCGCCCAGAUCCUGGCGGGGAAAAGCCUAGUUGCUACAGAGCCUAGGGGUGCAGCAUUUAUACCUUUCGACCCCGCUAUAUUACACUCGCUCUCUUCAGCCGAUCUUCUAUGGUGGCUCUGUGUGGUGAUCUUGGUGUUGUGGCGUGUGCCCGCUCACAGCGCGCCCAUCGACACCCACCGCCAGCCUGUCGCUCGGCAAAGCCGGUCCCUCUGGAAGCCGUCCUCCUCGCCCACAACCGUGCCGCUGGCACCUGUCAGAAGAGAAGAGGGCGAGCUGGCAAUGAUUUUCGCCCGCCAGUUUCCUAGAGCUCAACCCGACGAGGGAAACAGCCAAGACCUGCCCGAGUCUCAUGAGGAGAAUGGUUCCCGGCCGACCCCAGAAGCAGCCACCGAGCAGAACCCGUCGUAUCACACGGUCCCAAGGCUCAACCCCUGGGUGAGGUACUGGGUUAAAAAGGGGCAAAGAAUGAUAUGGUUCAUCAGAAUGGGACAAAGAACCCUCCCUUUGAACGGGGUUUUGCUCGUCAUGCUCGGCGUCGCCUCGUCGCCUAAUCCGAAUCCUUCUCGUCAGGACACAGGCCCGUACGCUGCCCGAUUCCCCCUAUGCUCUGGAUCCCACCAGUAG